AUGUCUAAGAGCUUUAAGGAUCUUCUUCAGCAGAAGCUGGAAGGAUCUGACGACGGGACUCUUCAUGAUGACGAAGAACCUUCCGUGAUGAUGUACAUGCCUUCAGACGGCACAUUUGCUGAGGAAUCAAGCACCUUGUUUGAUGGUGAGGGCUCAUCUAGCAGUCUAGCAAGAAACAAGCCUCGCCAGAGCAGCAUGUCUGAACUGGCUGUGGCGGCAUCGUUGAAACAGGUUCACUAUAACGAAAACAGAGUUGCUUUGGAUCGGGCCAUCAACCUGACCAUCGAGCUUUUGCAUGAAAUUUCGGCUGAAAACAGACUGAGACCGAUCUUCUUCCCUGCUGAGGAUAGCGCUUCGGAAAACGCAUUGCUUAAUUCUCCUCGGGCCCAUCUUGCCUUGGUUCGGAGGAAAACUGAUUUGGAAGCCAAGACGUUGGGCAAAGCCAAGGUGGGUGCUUUGGACGGCGUUGAUCUCGAGGGUGAUGAUGACGAAGACACCAAGGGUGUCAAGAUGGCCGACUUUAAGGUUCUCAAAUUAAACUUAAAGAUGGGCCAUUCUGGCGCUCAGCUCAUGGAUAACCUCGACAAGAAGUCUGUAUCGAUGCUCCUCGACCAAAAAUUCGCUCAGCAAAUCAAAUAUUUGCUUAAUCUUAAGGAUCGUGUGGAUGACACAUCUUCUAAGGUGUUUGUUACUGGUGAUUUGAACGCGGGUAAGUCCACUUUCUGUAACGCCCUUCUCAGAAGAAGAGUUUUACCUGAAGAUCAACAACCUUGCACGUCGGUGUUCUGUGAGGUCAUUGACGCAGAAAAGGAGAACAGAAGUAUUGAGGAAGUGCAUGCUGUCCCAAUUGGAAAGGACUAUAGUAGAGACGAUGAGACUACUUAUGAGAGACAUCCAAUUCAUAAGCUUGAAGACCUCGUCUACGAGUGCGACCAGUACGGUUUAUUGAAGGUCUACGUGCUCGACUAUAGAACCGCAGAGGAAAGCCUUUUGGGUAACGGAGUCAUAGACGUGAAGCUCAUAGAUGCUCCUGGUUUGAAUAUGGACUCCUACCAGACUACCCAGGUCUUUUCCAGACAAGAGGAAAUCGAUUUGGUCGUCUUCGUUGUCAACUCGGAGAACCAUUUCACACUCUCAGCUAAGGAGUUCAUCGCAGCUGCAGCUGCAGAGAAGCGCUAUGUCUUCAUUGUGGUAAACCGUUUCGAUAACAUCAAAGACAAGAAUAAGUGCAUGGCUCGUAUCUUGGAUCAGGUGAAGAACCUUUCUCCAUACACACACAAGGACGCCAAAGAUUUUGUGCACUUCGUGAGUUCUUCAGAUGUAUUGGGCAGUCUUCCAGAUGAUGGUGGUGACGGAGGAGAUGACGGUCCAGGUGAUAAUGGUGGACCAGAUUUUGAUGAUCCUAACUUUGAUCAUCUUGAGAAUUCGCUCAGGAAGUUCCUUCUCGACAAACGUUCCAUCUCCAAAUUGCUUCCGGCCAAGAGUUAUUUGCUCAACAUUCUUUCUGAUUUGAAGACUCUUUCUGAUAUCAAUGGCGAUAUCUACUACAAAGAGAUCGAAAGAAUGCAGAAUGAAUUGCGUACGACCGUCGCUCCAAAAUACGAUCAAAUGAUCAAAAACUCCGUGCAGAUGAAUGACAAGAUCACCAAGCUAAUAGAAAAGACUUGCACUGCAGUCUAUAAUUCCACAAAGGGUGAAAUUCUUUCUACUGUCGACAACUUUGGCUCAUCUCAGAUUGUCCAAUAUGCUGGCUUGCAAUUUGUUUAUGAUUAUGCAAAGGAAACGCAGCGUCGUAUGAUUGACACUAUUGUGUCUUCUGUUCAGGCAAGUGAAGGUACGGCAAGAGAAUUGACAGAGAGGAGUGUCAGGGAGAUCGUUUCCAUUGGCCAGAAUGCUUUAGGUGAUGAGUUCUUGUCAGAUAAGGUCUUCAAGGCUGACUUGAUGUUCACAAGAAGACGUGACACCAUCAAGAAGCAGUUGAAUGACCAGAUUGAGAUUUCUGACUUCUUUGAUCCAUCGCUAAACUCCAUCCUCAUGUGGAUGGGAGUCCCAACCGAGAUUAUCUCAACCACCAAGCAGCAGGUAGAGAUCCUUUCUCCAACGCAUAUCUUGACUACGAUACCCACAUCGGUAACGUCUUUCAAGAGACAGUUGCCAACUCAACUCACAUUGCAGACUUUGUAUUCAUCUACGAAGUUGCUCACCACUGGUGCCCUUCUCAGGAAGGCAUAUCAGCUUUCCGGUUUACUCAAACCGUCGGUGGCUAAGAAGGUGAUCUUGCCUUUGACUUUGUUUGUUGGUGGCUUUACUGUCUUUUAUCUUAUCAAUGAUAUCCCCAACGCUUUCCCUAGAAAGCAGGCCAAGAAACUCAAGAAACAAGUCCUAGAAUUGGACUAUGCACAUGUUAAUGCUGAUAGAGUGGCCAAAGAAUGUCGCCAAGUGUUGAAUUUCCCAUCUAGGCAAGUCAUGAACAACUUCCAGACCAGCAUUGAUAGAAGAAGUGGAGAGAAGGAGAAACUUGAAAAAGAAAUUAGAAAUGCCGAGAUCAGCUCUGGCUACUUCAAGGAUUUGCUUGGUAAAAUCGAAAAGGAAACCAAGUUUGUCUACGAUAUUGAUUUAGAAAAGAUCCACACGGUUGACUAA